UCAAUUUUGACAAUUUUAGGUGGAAUACUUGAAUAUCUUUGUGAUAUUUAGCAAAACACGAAAAUGACCAAAUAAAGAAAGAAAAAAUGAUGAAAUGGUUGUGAGAAUUUGGGGUGAGGGAUUUCAGGUUUGAGAGAGGGAGUGAGAAAAGAGAGGAUGUGAGGAUAAAUAUUCAAGGACAUUUUUCUAAAUUUUGAUUUAGGAAAUAAUUUCGCAGCUCAAAAGAGCGGUAAUCUGAGGCAACCCGACCCGAUUCGAAAAUGCCCCCUUCCGCCCCGCUAUCAAUCUAAACUCGCUAACCGUUACUCGAGUAGUAAUCUGUCCCAAAUUUGGCGAACAUUGAUGGAGAUGGUGCGUUGAAGAUCAUCGGCGACCCAAUCGACGGCCAGGAUGUCUUCUUGGCCACACUAUCCUUGUUCGGGGUGGUGUGUGUAAUUGGGCCAUUAGAAUUUCUGCGGUGAAGGUCGUCUCACUCAGGUCAGUCCUCUUUUUCAGUUGCUUCAUGAGUUGAGACGAGAUGAGAAAGCGAAUUUUGCCCGAUUAGGGAUUUGAGCUUUUUGAUUGAACAGAAGGGAGGAAGAAAUGAGAACGGCAUUAUAAUAUUGAAAAGUGUUUGCAUAAAAACAUGUAUACAACAACUACUACUACUACUCUCUGAUCUGUUGCACUUGCCUGAUAGCCAUUAGAUCAUGUGAAGAUAUAAUCCAACGAUUGAUGGCCCACAAGGGAUUCAGUCCCUCAGAAUUAAGCGGGGGACGGUAUAACUCUGCCCUAUAGCUCACCAAAAUGGCCAUGGGGAGAAGAGCCCAUGUGAGGGAGUUGGUGAAAACAGCUCUCAUGACCCAACCUCUACUCUUCACUUUGCCUACACUCGCUGCCAAUUCUCUUUCUCUCAACCCUUUACUCUUCAAUCCCCUGCGACCACCUCCCUCCUUAGUAGCUUCACGCUCAACUGUAACCAUGAGCCCCAACAAAAACGACAAUGGUCAAGACCAGCUGGACGCUAUAUUUAAGCAGAAACGGGUCGUCAGAUCCCAAGUCCGCAAGGCCCUCAAAGCUAUGGAUCCUAGCCUCAGAUCCCAUGAAGAUAUUGCUGUUCAGGAUUUAGUUCUGGGAGCUCCCUGGUUUAAAUCUUCUCAGAGACUAUGUGCAUAUAUAAGCUGUAGUGCUUUGCGUGAAGUUGAUACCUCGAAACUGUUGUCUGAGAUUCUGGAAAAUCCAGCCAAAGAUGGUCAUAUGGAGCUGAGGAAGAAGCUUUAUGUUCCUAGAGUUGAAGACAAGAACAGUCACAUGCGAAUGCUAAACAUAUCACGCAUUGACGAUCUUAUUGCCAAUUCCAUGGAUAUUUUGGAACCAGCUUCUGUAGAUAGUGAUGGAAAUGAACGCGAAGAUGUCAUGCAGGCAAAUGACCCAGUUGAUUUGUUCAUCUUACCCGGACUAGCAUUUGACAGAACUGGAAGACGCUUAGGACGUGGUGGCGGUUACUAUGAUACUUUCAUCAGGAACUACCAAGAGCUUGCAAAGACAAAGAAUUGGAAGCAACCCCUCCUUGUUGCAUUGUCCUAUUCCUCACAGAUAAUGAAUGAAGGAGUUAUACCAAUGACCGAGAAUGAUGUUCCUCUUGAUGCUCUUGUGUCCCCAUCUGGUGUUAUUCCCAUAAGUUCAGCUGCGUUAGACAGAAUGGAGGUUUGAUUUGGACCUCAUAAUUAGUUCCCUUAAUCCGAUCUUACUCUGCCCCGUCCAUAAUUAGAAGAAUAGGAUUUGAUCACAAUAAGCUGAGAUGCAAGCACUUGUGCUACUGGAUAAAUAUAUACAGAUUAGCCACAAUCUUGAUCAUAUUUGACUCAACUUUAGAAUAUCUUUUGUGUUGAAGCGUCAAAGUUUAAAUUUGUGGAAAUACAAAUCAAACUCUAUUACAAUAAAUGCAGAAGCUCUGUUUUGAUACAA